AUGUCCACCACCAAUGCCUAUUAUAUGCACGCUCAGGGAGUGCGACCACAUCAUGGAUCACUAUGGCCUGAACCCCAGCAUUGCAUGCCCCCAGCAAACCCCCAGCUCCCCAGCUCUGCCUAUACAACAGCUGCACAGGCUCCCCAGCCCGUUCAGACAAUGAUGAUUGCUGGGCACCCACCGUCUGAUCGCAUCCUGCCCACGCCUAUUUCAGCUCGAGGCAUGGUUUCCACAUCUGCCACUCACAUGGACAAUACUCCGGUCAGCAGCUCCAGUCAACAGGAUUCGACGUACUGGACCGGCGAGAACACCACUCCAACCCACCAGUCCUCGACGCAUGUAGACACAGGCGCGACUCAAGAAGGGCCCAGUGAGAGAACAACCAACUCCUACCGAAUCCAAGACAUGCCGUACGCUCAGAUGGGGUUGAACGAAGCUUUGGCUCCCACUUCCCUUUCUCACAGUCUUGCCGUUCCGGUCAACGAUGCACCGGCCUCGGCCAUAGCACAUACGCCGGAAGACUCCCAUAUUCCCAAUACCAGUUCCAGGCCACUCUCUCAUGAAAGCCUCAAGGCGACGCCUGAAAGUACCUCCGGCACGUACAGUUACACAGAUCCGAUGGUUGGACGCAGCUCUCAGCUGAGGAGUGCUUCAGGUCAAUUGUCGAGUGGAUCCUUGUAUUGUCGCACACAGGCCAUGGUUGCACGAAGAGAGCCAGCGCCGGACGAUUGCAGUCCGGAUUGUUCAAGUUGCCAGACCGAUUCGACGCGAACAUCGGUCAUAUCUAUUGGCAAUACGUCGUCUAGAUAUUGA